AUGUCCAGGUUUAUCCACUUCUCACAUCCCGACCAGGGUCGAGACUGUCAGCAUCAAGGAGUAAUCCCAGAGGAUGCUAUCCGCCGCGACAACACGAGUCAAAAGCGAGAGCGAGCACGCGACCCUAAUACGAACAUCAAUCUUGGUAUUUCCGAUGUGCAAUUGACGGAUGCUACUGCUUUUGGGACUGGCACUGUUGCUUCGUCUCAACUUACUUGGCUCGGCGGCAUGAGCGGCAAUUCUUUUUCUCGGGUUUCUCCCAGUCUCCUCGACCCGUUCGACACCCUGUGCGAGAGUCCCGAACGACUACGACAGCUUCUGAGACAGCCAUUAUCCAAGGCUGCUGGGGAACCGCUGUUUCGAAUCGAUCAACAAACACAUUGUGUUGUGUUCCAAGGCUUAGGCAAUGAGGAUGGCCUGGCGCCAUUGUUGACCCACAAGUCUUUGUUCCAUGCUCUAUCUCUUCUCCUCGCUUUAGCAGCCAACGACUACCAGCCAAACUACGAGACGAUGCACCACCGCAGCCAGGUUCUUCAGUCUCUCAAUCGAGACUUAUCCCGUUUUGGCGGUGAUUCGUCAUUUCUCCAUACCAUCACAGCCAUUCUCAUAUUGAUUAGCUAUGAAUACCGAGUCCGAGAUACUUAUCCACGUCCUGCCAGCGCCGCUACACAUAUCCAUGGCCUUCAAACUAUAAUCUCCCAACGUAACAUUUUGACCAGCCGAUAUAGUGUCGCACAUGUUACUCAGAUUCAGCGAGCCUUGUUCUGGCAGGACAUAAUAUGCUCCCUUGCAACUGGUGCACCUCGGCUCUUGCAGGUCGACGAUCAUGGGAUCUUUACUCGCUUGCGGGAGGGCCAGAUGUACCGUAGCUACUUUUUCUUGCCGCAAGGGCUUAGGAUGUAUACCUAUAGGUGGCCUGCACCAGCAUCUGCUGUGUUUGAAGACCUCAACGCAUUAUGCUGCCUCGUGGACAGAAUACGCAGACGAGGAAGAACAUCUAUCCACUUAGUCAAUGACGACAUGGAUACUGCAGUCCCUUCGAUACUGUUGAUGGAGGAUUUAGAUGACGAGGGCUACCCGUUAUGCAAUAGCCAGGCCAACUUGCAGAUUCGACUUGUGGAUCUUCUCAGUAGAACAAGGAGAGAUGGUUCUCAGAGCCAGGAAGUUCUAAUUUACAGAGCGUGCCUAUAUGCGGCAUAUCUUUGUACAUAUAGACUUUCUGUAGGUCUCUGGGAAGGGUACUUUGCGCCCGAGAAAUGUGUCGCCGAGAUACUUAAUUGCAUGACAGAUUUCACAAGACAAAUGUCGCCGUGGAAGCUUGCGCCGGACGUCUCAUUUUGGUUGCUGUAUAUAGCUGGUGGCCUUACAAAAAACCAGCUCCAUAAGAACCAAGCGGCUGCGUUGGUACAACGUUAUCGAUGCUUCUACUCAACUGGUUAUGACCAGGACUGGGACCUAGUAGAGAUGAGAUUGAAGAAGUUUAUAUGGUGCGAACACAUCAUGGGGCAAACAAUGUAUAUGUUCUGGCAAAUAUGCCAAACUGCUUGCUAUUAG